AUGAGGUGCUUCGAAUUCAGCUCUUUCUGGUGUUGUGGGUCAAACUCAUCAAAGCACAGUAUUCCCAAGAAGACUAAAAUCACUACUAGUAACGAUGAUGAAGAAGAAGAAGCCAUUAACAGCCAAAACCAACCUCCACAGCACUCACACAUUAUUCAAGAACCAUCUUCAACUUCAUCUGGAGCUGCAGAAGAACAUAAUAAUAAUAGUUUAAACCCUAGAAGUAACUUACCUCAAAUAUUCACUUAUAAUGAACUUGUAGCUGCAACAAACAACUUUUCUGAUUUUGUUAAAGUUGGUGCAUUUGGAUACGUAUUCAAAGGAACCUUACCAAAUUCUAAUCAGGUUGUAAUAGUUAAAACGGUUGGAGAGACUGAGUAUAUAGUUGAAACUCACAUGCUUUCAAUUCUAAGGCAUCCAAAUCUCAUCACUCUCUUUGGUCACUAUUCUCAAUGGACUGCUCGAACCCAUCUUCUAGUUUAUGAAUUCAUGCCUUUAGACUCCUUAGAGGACCAUCUCUUUGACCAUUUUCCUCGAACAAGGAGGCCCUUAGAUUGGAACACCAGAAUGAAGAUAGCUUUAGGUGUAGCCAAAGGACUAGAGUUUCUCCAUCGUGGCAUAGGCCGCCGACCAGUGGUGCAUGGAGACCUAAAACCAUCAAACAUAUUAUUGGGUGAAGGGUUUCACCCAAAGCUCUCUCAUUUUGGGAUUGCAAGGUUUAUCCCUACUUGGCCUACUACUAGUGCUAACCCUAGUUCUACAAGGCAAAUGGACUCAAUUGGUUACUCGGCUCCAGAGUACAUUGCUACUGGAAAAUUGUCCAUUAAGGCUGACAUUUAUAGCUUUGGAGUGGUCUUGCUUCAGCUCAUCACUGGAAAUCAAGCCAUCGUCAAUAGGAGCCAUAAUGGUCACAUAAUAUGGCUCUGUCAGUGGGUACAAGCCAUGAUGGAAGACAAAGAUAAUCUGAGAUAUAUUGCUGAUCUAAGUCUGUUCGAUGAGUACCCAGAAGAUUGUUUGGAACAUGCAUUGGCAUUGGCUGGAAUGUGUGUGAAAAAUGAGGCUGAGGAAAGGCUUACCAUGAUCGAAGUGGUACACCAUUUGGAGAUUUUGGAGGCAAAUAAGUACCAUAGCCCAAAUAAUGAUACCAUGUAG